AAUUUUUAAGAAAGACUGUUAUUAGUAUGUGCGAAACAUUUGAAACUCCCAAUGGCAUUGGUCUCAAAUGAACUAUACUUUAUUAGAGACUUCUUGAAACCUGUAACCAACAUCAAAAACGAAGAUAAUUCAAAAAACCCCUACAAUAACGACAAAAUAAUUCGAAAAUUUGUUCGAACACGAAGAGUGAUGAUCAGCUGAUAUCGAUGCACAAAGACAAUUGAAAAUAUUCACUUGAAUAUUACAUUUGAUCAAUAUUCCCACAGAUAUUUUAGAAUCAUAAUGUUCACUAUAACUUUAUGUUUUACCGUUUAAAAAUCGAUUAAAAUGUGCCAUCCUUAUGCGCCUUAAUAAAGGUUAAAAAUUUCAAGUCAGAGGCUGUAAUUUUGAUUUGAUAAUAUCUUAACAAUGGCUAAAAAUUUGACAUCCAAAUGGCGAGAAUCAGCAAGUUUAAUAAUUCUAGCCAAAAAUGAAUGCUUAAAAGAUGUUGGAUGUGAUUAUCGAGUGUUGUUAUUCAAGCGAACAAAAGAAUCAACAUCAUUUGCAAAUUCUGCUGUUUUUCCUGGAGGAGUUCAUGAAAACAGUGAUGCUUCUCCUCUGUGGAUGGAUUAUAUUAAAACUUCUUCUCAGUCAUCUGACCUGAAUUCACUUCAAUGUAACGCCCCGCGGCCAAAUAUUUAUACGAAGUUUAUUGAAGAUCAAAUCCAAAGGGAUAUAUCACUACGAAUAACUGCUAUAAGGGAAACAUUCGAAGAAACCGGUAUCCUUCUUUGCCGACAAAAUGAUUUAAAUAAAGGUGAAAUUAAUGGGUUUUGCCACAGUUUUGUUGAUUUUGACCGACACUAUUGGCAGAAUCUUGUGCACAAUGACCCUACUCAGUUUCUUACACUUUGCAAAAAAUUUGAUGUCGUUCCCGAUUUAACGGCAUUAUUCGAUUGGACGGCAUGGCUUACGCCCGUAACAUUUCCAAAAAGGUUUGCAGCCGUUUUUUAUUUGGCGGCGUUAGAUCAUACACCCGAUGUGCUCUUAGAAUCUAAUGAAGCUGCUUGUUUUUCGUGGGACACACCUAUGGAAUCCAUCAGGCAACACUUAUCCAACCAAAUUAAUCUUCAUCCCCCACAGUUCUACGAAUUGUCAAGGCUGUUGAACUUCAAUCGCAUCCAUGAAUUAAUAGAAUUCGCAAGAGUUCGUUCUCAAAAGGGUGUUACUUUGAUGUUUCCUAUUAUUCAGAAAUGUUCUGAUGGUACUGUGUCUUUAAUGCCAGGCGAUGAUGCAUAUACAGAAUCGAAAGAGCUAAAAACCGAAGACUUGACCAUUGAGCAAUAUCGGUUGAAAGCCACGAAUUUACACCGCAUAGAAUGGUUCCAUACGGGGAAAAUUGCUAUUCAAUCGGAUUUUCCUAUUGGCGAUGGACACUUGCCACCAAUUAAUGUAACUACGGAAAAUGAGUCAAAAUUAUAAAAUUAAUUAUGGAAAUGUAUACCUUGGAUAAUAAAAAAUCUAAAUCAACCGGAUUCAUGACGUUUCUAG